UUCUUGUAUUUAUCUGAGUUCAAUAACGACCGUUAUAUUUCGUUCUUUGUUUAUAACGGAUCUUUGAAACGUCGACACGCAUACAACGAUAUAUAUGAUGCCAUACACGGUAGUCACGCUCUUUUUAUCUCUCUCAUGCCGUCGGGCGUCCGCCUUCCCCUCCGCGUCCAUCCGCCGGUCCCAGAUGGCUUCGUCGCAGACCCUAAAGACCCUAAGCAUUGGUGGCGAAUGGACAAGGCUCGGUGUGUUUCUCCCACCGGUAGAAGGAACUACUCCAAGGCCUUUCCUCCUCUCUGCUCCUCCAAUUGCCUUCCCCCUCCCACCGCAUUAUCCGCUCUGUACAAGCCAAGUUUGAGAUAUGCGAUCCUCGGAGCUGGAUUCGCAGGACUGUCGGUGGCCUGGCAUCUUCUCAAGCAAAGCUCUGACGAUUCACGGAUUUGUAUAGAUAUUUACGAUGAUGCUGGGAUAGGUGGUGGUGCAUCUGGUGCAUCUGGAGGGCUCCUUCAUCCUUACUCUCCUAAAGCUAAGCUUCUUUGGAGAGGUUCGGAGUGCUGGAGAGAGUGCUUAGAUUUGUUAAUUAUUGCAAACAGAGCGGUGGAAGCCAGAGCUUCGAGUAAUGCUCCUCAAGACUCAUUUUGUAGCUUCAAAGAAAGAAUUGUCUGGAAAAGGGGAAUAAUAAGACCUGCAUCUCAGAAGAAUGUUGACAUUUUGAGGGAGAAUGCUCAGAGUUUCUCUGAGAGUUGCUAUCUGGAACUCCUAGAUAGGAGUGCUGCUCAAUAUCUGGUGCCUGAUUUGUGUGUGCCACUUGACUUAGCUGUUUAUAUGCCCCUUGCUAUGAACAUCCAUCCAAAACGAUAUCUUCAGGCACUGUUUUUAGCAUGCAAUGAUCUGGCAGAAUGCGAAGAAAGAGAGAUUUACCUAUUCAAAGAAUCGAUCAACAGUCUCCACCAACUAUCAGAGGAAUACGAUGCAGUGGUUAUUUGCCUUGGUGCUAAAGUGGACAAGCUUCCACAACUCUCGGGAAAGCUUCCCCUGAGGACAUGCAGAGGCGUUAUUGCUAAGCUCCAAUUGCCAUAUGAUCUCCCAGGUGAAUAUGAUCACCAAAGACCCUCGAUCUUGUCGGACGCAUGGCUUGCGUUCCGAGAACCACGGAGCGUCUUGGUGGGAUCAACUUGGGAUUGGAAUUCCAAAGAUUAUGCAUCGAGUGUGUCGGAAGAAGAAGCUUCGAGGGCGAUGGAAGAACUGAUGCCGAAAGCCUCUGCCGUGUAUCCACCCAUACGAAACUGGACUUUUGUCGAAGCACAAGCCGGCCUGAGGGCGAUGCCACCGCUGACUCCUUAUGGCUCUCUCCCACUAUUGGGUUGUGUUGAUGACAUUAUUGGUGAGAGCGUGAAGUGCAGGUAUUGGUUGGUUGGAGGUCUGGGUUCGAGGGGACUUCUGUACCAUGGAUUUGUAGGGAAGUUGACGGCCCAAGCUGUGCUUUCCUCCAAUGAAAGUGUUCUUCCAUCUGAGUUCACCCAAUGGAAAAGCAUAUCAAACAGUAUAAUUGUCCUCUUGCAUUUGGGUGAAAAAUUGGAUUUUGAGGACGGGGUUUGUGGAGUUGAGUGAUGGGCGGGCGGCCGCCACUGGAAGAAGCCGAAGGUGGUGAGGCGUUCGGCUAUGAAUCGGGGUUUUUGUAGGUUUUCACCGGCGACCGCGACUGUGGAGGGAGAGGCGAUGAGUCCACAGGUGGAAUGAGGAAGCUCGAGCGAGAGAGAGAGACCUCUUCAUCGUCUUCGGCCGUCGUGGUGGCAUGAGGACGCUCGAGCGCGUCGAGGGGUGCGCCACAUAUUUGGAUUCUGAUCACCGCAAGUGAGUAAGAAGACCGAAUUUGCACAAUUUUGACAAAGUUUAAAAUUUUUUAGACCACUUAACCAUCCUCCUUCUGUGCGGUAAGUUCACUGAUAAAUUUGUAACUCGGUCUAACCACCGCUGUGACGUUAAGAAAACGACAUUUACGAGU